CCAAUCACUUGUCCGGCGCAAAAUUAGACUCCAGGAAAAGAAGGCAAAAAUGGGGCCAUCCCCGGAUUAGAUAAGCAGCUAUCACAUGAAAAUGCAAAUGACGUCUGAGCGUUUCCUUUUCUUGGAAUUUCUUUUGCUGGGGGCGUUUCGGAGAUCUUCAUUUAUCUCGCUUCCUGGCGCAUUUCUGCCUCUUUCCCCAUGAUGGAGUUCAGGCCUCGGGUAGUGCGAUAGACUUGUUACCCUUCUAUACCUAUACUAAAGCUUCAGGUAUAAUUCGUUCAUCAUGGCGCGCGUGCCUGUGAUUGGUCGACUGUUUUGGUUUGAAUAUCUGGCUCUGUUCGCUUCUUUGGUUCUGGUAUUGCUGGAAUGGAUCAUACAUAUUAUUACAUUUUGUCUUCCUGAAACCGUAAUCAAGUUCUUUUACGACCGGUCGAAAACCAUCUUCAACCUAUUUAUAACUCCUGAGGAUGAAGGCAAGCGCAGUAAAGAAGAACGGAUCGCCGCCGCAGUCGCACAGGCCUCCGACUUUGUAGAUAUAUGCGCUUUGUUCGGUUAUCAGACUGAGGAGCAUAUUGUCCAGACCGGCGAUGGCUACCUGCUCGGCCUCCACCGCUUGGCCUACCGGAGAGGUGAGGAGAAGAUGCGCGUCAAUCAAGGAAAAGGGGGCGUUCGGAAGAAGGUCGUCUUCCUGCACCAUGGGCUCAUGAUGUGCAGUGAGGUUUGGGUAUGUUUGUCAGAAGAACAACGGUGUCUUCCCUUUCAAUUAGUGGAAAGGGGCUAUGACGUCUGGUUUGGAAACAAUCGCGGCAACAAGUACUCGAAGAAGUCCGUGCGGUUUUCGCCCGGGUCUAACGAGUUCUGGGACUUCUCCAUCGAUCAGUUUGCCUUUCACGAUAUUCCCGACAGCAUAAAUUAUAUUUUGGAAGUCACGGGUCAGCCUUCUCUGUCGUAUGUUGGGUUCUCGCAAGGCACCGCCCAAGCCUUCGCGACACUAUCUAUCCACCCGCUGCUGAACCAGAAGGUCGAUGUUUUCGUGGCUCUUGCGCCCGCAAUGGCGCCUACGGGGUUGCCAAACCAUUUCGUUGACUCACUGAUGAAGGCCUCGCCGAAUUUCUUGUUCCUUCUCUUCGGUCGACGUAGCAUCCUCAGUUCGACAACGAUGUGGCAGACGGUCCUCUACCCGCCUAUCUUCGUUCAGAUCAUCGACAAGUGCCUUGACGGACUCUUCAAUUGGAAAUGCCGGAACAUCAGUCGCUGGCAAAAGCUAGCGGGAUACCUACAUCUAUUCUCCUUCACCAGCACCAAAUCCGUGGUUCAUUGGUUUCAGAUCAUCCGACACAAAAAUUUUCAAUUCUACGACGACGAGGUCCACGCUCCAUUCAGCGUUGUCGCUAGCGAGCGAUUUUAUAAGCCGGUCAAGUACCCUACCAAGAACAUCAAGACGCCCAUUGUGCUACUGUAUGGAGGCAAUGACAGCCUCGUGGAUAUUAACGUGAUGCUGAAGGAGCUGCCACACGGGACCACGGCCAAGAUCAUCCCGAAGUACGAACAUCUCGAUUUCUUGUGGGCGGUGGACGUAGAGCAACAGGUGUUCAGCCAUGUCUUCGAGGCUCUCGAACGGUACAGCGGCAUCACCCAGCUUGAGGGGCCGAUGACGGGCCUGAUUAACGGAGAUGCGGGGCAUGCGAUCGCGAUUUAGGGGAUAGAGAUGCAUUAGAUAGCAUGAGUUAUGAUUCGUGCAAAGUAUAUACCGGCGCGUAUCCGGACUGAGGUUGGUUUGUCUAUAAUGGUGUAUGUUAAUACCUUCACGUUAGCGCUCAUUUCUCUUUUUUGGUUCUC